AGUGGAAAAAGCUUUGUUAUUUCUUCCUUUUGUAGAAGAUGAGAUGUUCUCGGAUAUCUACAAAAUCAAAGAAGUUGCCAAUGGUCUCUGCCUGGAAGUGGAAGGGAAGAUGGUGAGCAGAAAAGAAGGUGAAAUUGAUGAUGCUUUAAUUGGUGGAAAUGCAUCUGCUGAAGGUCCAGAAGGAGAAGGUACAGAGGCCACAGUUAUUACUGGUGUUGACAUAGUAAUGAACCAUCACCUUCAGGAAACAAGUUUCACUAAAGAGUCUUACAAAAAGUACAUCAAGGACUACAUGAAAGCAAUCAAAGCCAGACUUGAGGAAACAAAGCCAGAGAGAGUAAAGCCUUUCAUGACAGGAGCAGCUGAACAAGUUAAACAUAUUCUUGCAAACUUCAAAAAUUAUCAGUUUUUUGUAGGAGAGAAUAUGAAUCCAGAUGGCAUGGUGGCAUUACUGGAUUUCCGCGAGGAUGGCGUGACCCCCUUUAUGAUUUUCUUUAAGGAUGGAUUAGAAAUAGAAAAAUGCUAACAAGAAAUCAAUCAUUCUGAAUCAUUUGUCAUCAUAAUUGGCUGCUGCUCUUUAUUCAUCAACAAACAUCAUGACUCAACCAUGUCUGAAAACUGGACUGAUACCAUCUUGAGCUUAAUUUGAUUUAUUUUGACCCCGAAUUAAUUGAAGUGGAGGCAUUGGUUUUUAAAAAAAAAAAAAACUUGUCUUGUAGGCUGUCUAAAAUAAAAAAAACUCAUUUAAACCCAGCAUAGGUAAUGCCUCUUGGUUUAAUGUGUUGAGCGGGCUUCUUCGGGCUUCUCGUAGCUCUUGUGCGUUUGGAUUUUUUGACAUCUCAAUAGCAUAGUGUGGCCCUAGUGCUUGUGUCUCCAGAUACUGGGACCUUGAAACCGGAAGAUCAAUUGGCCACAACUGAACUGCUUUUUAGAGACUUGGAAACUACUAAUAAAGAAGACAGCUUACUUUCUGAAGCGGACUUGGCUUCUUGCCAUUCAACAAAUCAUAACUAGUUGGAGGACAACGUUGGAAGCCUGGAUGUGGUGUUGCUCUGCAUGCUAAUCUGAGUGUUUCACCAGUGAAGGAGACAUGGAAUUCUUCAACAUAUCAUGGCAAAUUUUGACUGAGGCAGAGAGUGGGAAGAGAAUUCUUGGCAGCAGAAACAAGCAUGUUGGGCAAAGAAUCUACACAUACUCGAGGCAUUGCUUAUAUGCUGUAAUAUGAAAUAAUUGUAAUUUAAAUACAUAAGUAUAAUACCGAUUUAAUCACAGGUUA